GAGAGAGGAGAGCGAGCAGAGGAGAGCGAGGCAGUUCGGAGGGAAGGACCGGUGCGAGCCAGGCGGCCCUAGAGGCUCCGCUCGCCCCCCUUCCACUCUUCUCUCUCCCUCCCUCUCUCUUUCCUCUCUCUUUCCUCUCUCUGCCUCUCUCUUUGCCAUUUCUUUUCUCUCCCAAAUCUCCCAUUCAGCCAAAGGAAGGAGGUAAGGGAAGCACACACACCCCCGCCUCCAAAAAAAUAAUUAAAAAAAAAAAAUUACAGUCGGGACCGAGUGGUGGCCGGCUGGCUAUGGAGCUGCUGUGCUGCGAGGUGGACCCGGUCCGCAGGGCCGUGCCGGACCGCAACCUGCUGGAAGACCGCGUCCUGCAGAACCUGUUGACUAUCGAGGAGCGCUACCUCCCGCAGUGUUCCUACUUCAAGUGCGUGCAGAAGGACAUCCAGCCGUACAUGCGCAGGAUGGUGGCCACCUGGAUGCUAGAGGUCUGUGAGGAACAGAAGUGUGAAGAAGAGGUCUUUCCUCUGGCCAUGAACUACCUGGACCGUUUCUUGGCUGGAGUCCCGACUCCUAAGACCCAUCUUCAGCUCCUGGGCGCUGUGUGCAUGUUCCUAGCUUCCAAGCUGAAAGAGACCAUCCCGCUGACUGCGGAAAAGCUGUGUAUUUACACCGACAACUCCGUGAAGCCCCAGGAGCUGCUGGAGUGGGAACUGGUGGUGUUGGGCAAGCUGAAGUGGAACCUGGCUGCAGUCACCCCUCACGACUUCAUUGAGCACAUCCUACGCAAGCUGCCCCAGCAAAAGGAGAAGCUGUCCCUGAUCCGCAAGCAUGCGCAGACUUUCAUCGCUCUGUGUGCUACGGACUUCAAGUUUGCCAUGUACCCACCGUCGAUGAUCGCAACAGGAAGCGUGGGAGCAGCCAUCUGUGGACUUCAGCAGGAUGACGAAGUGAAUACACUCACGUGUGAUGCCCUGACCGAGCUGCUGGCCAAGAUCACCCACACUGAUGUGGAUUGUCUCAAAGCCUGCCAGGAGCAAAUUGAGGCGGUUCUGGUUAACAGCCUGCAGCAGUUCCGUCAGGAGCAGCAUAACGGAUCCAAGUCUUUGGAAGAUCCGGACCAAGCCACCACCCCUACAGACGUGCGGGAUGUUGACCUGUGAGGAAGCCAUUCAGGCGGCAAGAGAGAGUAGUGUUCGUCACCUGCUACUCCCUUCUCUCUCUAGUUAUGUCUUGUUCUUUGUGUUUUAGGAUGAAACUUCAAAAAAACAAAAAACAAAACAAAACAAAAAAAAGCAAAAUCUGCCCCCACCUAGAUCCUAUUUAAAGGUCUUUUAGAAGUGAGAGGAAAAGGCCAUAUAGCUGAAAUGCAUGUGGUGCCUGUUCAAAGUCCAGUGUAAGGGGAUUCCUUGUAUAUGCGAACCGUUGUUAUUUGAUGAUGCAAAAGUUAUAGCGAGAUGCUUACAGGAGAACCCGCAGACUAGCUAGAGAAUGUGUAAUACUUGCAAUAUGGGAACAAAUUAGAGGACACUGUCUUUUGUGCUUGUGAACUAGUACAUAUGCCCCCUUUAGUAGAACCAUAAGGACCCAUGGAUGCCAGUAAGGCAUGAGUAGUUUGCAAAGCAGUGAACCCAAGAAAGCAUCAGAAACAAGAAGGGACGUGCCGGGGAGGUUGCGCAGAACUACCCAACCACAUGACUGAACCAUUUUGGAUGUAAGAAGCGCCUUGAUGCCUCACCACGUGUUUCCAAGACUGAACGUGGUGGGGUCUCUCCGUUGCCUACUCUUGCUGACUACAGUAGCUGCUACCUAAGGGAUAUGUCUUUUGCCAGUUGGACACAGGUGAUUGGCUCCUAAGUCUCAUGUUUGGUCAACUUGGGCUUCUUCUUCCAAACAUGGUUCAUUGUAGAUGUAUCCUACUGUUGUCUGAUGGAGGGAAUUAGCUAUGGGCCAUGACCAAAACUCAUCUAAGGGGGAGCAGGUGGAGACCACAAAUGGAGUCUGAAACAAAGCUUCCUUAUGUAACAGAAGAGGGUGAGGUGAUCUUUAAUCCCUUAUUGAGGGGAAAAACAACUUAACUUUUGGUGCUGAUUGGCAUAUCUGGUCCACAGUUUAACGUUUUGAUAAACCAUUCCAUUAGACAAAGCACUUUGAAAAUUUUGGGGGAGGGUGGGGUGGGAUAUGGGGUGGUUUAUGCAAAUCAUGUUGAAUACACCUUCCUUCUUUGCCCCUCCCCCUCCCGACCUCUUCGGUUACUAUUCAUUUCUGGAGUUUGAUAUUCUGGUACCUAGCUCUGGUGUCCGUACCAGGGCUGAGAAAGCCCCCAGCUGAUAUCCCCCUUCCAGCAUUCCUCGGAAAAGCCUGUAAACAAAGGUCUAAACCAUUCUGAUGGCUUAGAAGGAUUGAAUUCCUCCCCACCCCCCACCCCCACCUUUUUCUCCUUUGGACAUGGAAAGAGAAGUUACUUCUGGUGCAAAGGCUGAACAUCAGGGUGUGGCAUUUUGGUCCCUUUUCUGUUUUUGUUUUUGUUUGUUUGUUAAUUUUAGUGCAAAGUUAUAUUCAUUGUACUUGAAGUCCUCUUCCACUUCUUUGAGACAGUCAGUAAACAGAAGUUGGAGUCGCAGUUGGUUUUUUGGUUUUUUGUUUUUGUUUUUUUUUUUUUUUUUUGCACAAUUAUAAUUGACAGGUGAUGAAGCUAUUUGUUAAAAUAUCUGCCUUUUUUUUUUUUUUUUUUAAGAGAAAAGAUCAGAACAGGGCUACUUUGAAGAAUUGUCAUACACAGGUUCCGCCUUGUUUCACGGUAUGAGGGUUGAAGAUGGAGAAACAUCUAAAGGUCUCUUAUCUUUCAUUUUUUCCAUUCUGUUUAUUAUUAUUUUUUCGCUGCUAAGAAGCUAAGAUCGUUCCACCCCCAUUCACAUUAACAGUACCUAGCUGUAAUGUUUCACGGUGUGCUGCUAUUUUAGAAACAUUGUUAUAAUAUAUUAUUUUACUGCUUAAAUUUCAAGUCCCGAAGUAGAUGGUUGAGAAAUGAGUUCUUUGUACUGGAAACGCUUUUUCCUCUGUGCCUGUUCUUCUGGUAGCGUUGAUGGGUUGUGUUUCAUUUGGUUUCGUUUUGUUCCUUUUUUUCCAUGCUUCUUUAUUUCCAGGUUUUCUUUCUUCUGAUCACAUUCUUCAAAGAGAGUAUUCUUUACCUCAGGUUUACUGGACAAAAAAACAAAACAAAACAAAACCAAUAAUGAUAACAGUGUACUUCUUUUUGUUUUCAUAAUACCUCACAGCUAUACAGUUUCUGUUUGGAAGGCCACUGGCGUGAGGCACAGGACAAGCAGAAGGAGGGAGCUGGGCAUCCUCCUAGGUAGAAGGCAGGAGAGAUCUGACCCCAGGGUCUCAGGCCAGGGCUCUUUUCUGUCUUGAAGGUCACCAGGCUCCUUCCUUAUGAUAGAAGACAAUGCUGAAGGGCUCUUCUACAAGGCAGAUACUCAGCAAACACAGGCAGUGGACUAGGUAGGUCAGCCUAAUUUGCAUGCAUGCACCAGGAUCAGCAAUGAAGAAUUCUGGCAGACAGUUAGGAGACCCUCCCCCAGUCAGACACAGGACUUUCCUAUUCAUGAGGCCCCUUCACCAUGAACAUUGACCAGUUUCCCUCUCCUUGGUAUUGACACCCUAACUUCAGAUAGUCUCCGAAGCCUUACCUAGGACUGAGUCUGUGGUGCGGAGUCUGCAGCACACAUGGGUGGUAUUCCUUUCUCCCUCUCUUGUCCUCUACAGUCUACAGUGACAGGCAAGCGCUGUGCGUGGCCAGGGUGUCUGUGUGUGGCAUUGAAUGGCGUCAGGUUUUGGAUCCCAUUGAGAGGGCAAGGUAGGAGGUACAGGUUGAAUGAGUCUGGAAUGCAAGUUGAAAGAAGGGAGAGGCUGUUUCUGUGGUCUCGUGUGUAUUUAGGAAGGAUUGGGACUUGGUGAAUUAGCAUAACCCUACAAUUCUAGGGGCUUUGUGAUGGGACAGUGGGUGAUAGUUUGGGAAGUUUGAGAGGGGAAAAGGGAGCAGCCUGCAGCUAGCCAGUGUUUAUCCAGAGCUCACACUGCACAGCACACUCUCCUGGUCCUUAAGAAACCUCACAGAACUUGACGGACACACUCCCUUGAGUUGUUGGGCAACUGGGGUGCCUGAUGAAUGACCUUUGAACUUAACAGAAACAUUGAAUGAAGGAAGCUGACACACAAGGGGAGAGGCAGGUUACUAUCUGCCCCUCCAUCCCUCUUACCUGGAACCUAAGAGACACUUCCUGUUUGCAUCCUUGGAGCCUAGUAGGAUGGGUCCUCUAGAGUGGCUAUUCUGCCUGCUCCUCAAUUACACACAGGAAGGGAUUCUGGAUUCCUUGGUGACCAAUACCUUCUGCUUAGAUCUGGGUCUCUUUGGUAGUAUUUCUGUCCCAGAGGACAGAAAUAUAAACAAUUUCAGCUUGCUCUCCCCAGCCCCCUUCAUAGCCUACAGAAGGGAUUGUAGAUUCUGGUCUUUUUCUGCUUUGCUAAUGAUCUCUUCUUUGUUUUUAAUUUGUCAUUGUUGUUUGUUUUUUUUUCCUCCAUCAGUGAGGGCUAAGUUGUACCCCUAGCCUGCCAAAUUUCGAUCCUUCCCUGUUUUGACCAAAUCCUAGGGGAAAGAAACCUUAGUAUGCCAAAAAAUAAUAUGCCAAGCAUAAGGAGAUUCAUAAUGGCUCCUAAAACCUAGGCAGCCUGCGAGUGGUGAGCUCCUUCUAGAUGGGACAGCUUGUAGAGGCUGUUUUGGUUUGAACUGUCCCCAGCACACCAUGGGAAAGCAGAGCAUGUCUUGUAGGCAGCUAGCUUUAAGGUGCAUGCCUACCAAGACAGACUCCUCUCUAGCAGCCAAGCUUGGGGUACAUGUAGCACACCCCCCCCCCAAUCCCAUCUUGUUGCUAGCAGAGUAAGUGACCCCUCAGGGGGAGCUUAAUAGCUUUCCUAUAGUCUAGCUCUUUGGGGACCCACCAGACUGUGCCUUGAGAACUGUAAGAUCACAGGCUAAGAUGGGGUGGCUUUCACAAAGAAGGCAGAGGAGCUUUAUCUCCAUGGGUUAUAGGGACAGGGCUGGGAGGACCACACUUGUACCUUAUGUCCUGGACAGUAUACUGGUGGUGUGAGAACCAGAGGUAGCAAUCAGAAGUCUAAAUAUGGCUUACUUUUAAGCCCAAAGGAUCCCUCCUUGCUUACCUUAGACAGUCCAGUCUUGGGAAUAGCUUUAAAAGGGAAAUUAAUACUGAGACAGCGAAGUCCCCUUAAGCAGACAGCCCUCCAUAGGUCCACACUGCACACGGGCUUUUUCUCAGUGCAGACUCCAGGUGGUUGUCAUCAGCUAAAGCAUGCUUAUCUAUUUGUACAAAAUAGGUUAGGGAAGCCCCCAGGAGGUGUUAUAACAUCCUUAUACCAAGUGGCUUUUUGAUGAUUCUGGAUUCUCAACAGCACAAGAGUCCUCGAGCCAGACUGUGUGCUAAUCUGCUUUUAAACGUGGUUGGCCUGUGAGACCCAUUCUUGGUUGUGGUUUUACGAAGCCAUCAACGCAUACGCACACUUGAUGGAACUGCAGAUCCGUUCCUUUGCCUGCAGCCCACUUGUGGGGGGGAAAAGUGCCUUUACUGACUUACAGUAAAGUCAACUGGUGCCUAUCUUUGAAAAGAAAAAAAAAAAGAAGAAAAAGAAGAAAAAAAAAAACAUUAAAAUGUCUCUUAAUUUUUAGUGGCUGUCAUUGUUAUGCUGAUCAUCUUGUAUGUCCCCAGCAAGUCACCAGGUCAUCGAAUUAUCUCCAUGUUGUUCAUUAUCCUUUUGCCGUGUACCUCAGAUCUAUCAGUUGUGAUCUCUUAGAUUGUUUUGUUUCUUUCUCUCUCUUUUUUUUAAAAUUUGCUUUAAGAGUGCGAUGCCAUAUCAAAUCAAUGUUGUUCUCUCACGGUGUACUCUAUAACAGGUGUGGGUGGGGUUUAUGGUUGGGAUACUAGGAGAUACUAAAGUAGCAGGGUCAGUGUGAAUAAAAAAGAAAAAAGGUCUUUAGGAAAUCUGGGGGGAAGCACAUUGUAUUGACUACAGUGCUGAUAUGACAUAGCCGUUAGGUUUUAAGUGAUCUUUAAAAAAAAAACAACAACCAUAACUUGUUCUUCUGAUUAGUUUGAAGUUGGAUUUGAAGACGAUGUUGAAAGAAGUUUUGAAUGCAAUUAGGUUAUGCUAUUUGGACAAUAAACUCACCUUGACCUACAA